GCAAGGAAGCCGGGUAUUUUGUUCAUCUUGCCCUGGGCCCCGCGGCCGAUUUCAAGACUGGUGAUCUCCAAGAUGUUUCCCAUGACAAAAAAAUAUGGAAUCGAAAACGCCUCGGGCCCAGCCAGCGCCGGAAUAUUCCCAGCUGCCCGAAGUGUCGGCGGGAUGGGGAACAGAAGCCCCUGAAGCGGUUGAGAUAGGUCUCGACUCGGCGAAACCAGCGCCGGUGCCAUAUCCCUCUUCGGAUAGCAACUGGAUUCCACCACAGUACCACCAGCACCCCAAACCGGCAUUACAAGCUUCACAGCCACCUUUUCCGAUCGCUUCCAACCCAGACUCGCCAGCUCAUGGCUAUUCAACCCGCUCGGCACAAGGAGAUGGGGAAGGGUCGCGCAGGAAAACGAUCCUCAUCCUGUCUAUUCUCGUUGCACUUCUCGCCGCUGCCGUGGUUGGUCUAGCAACGGCAACGGGACUGAUGGCAAGGCGUGCCAGCAAUGCCGAAAGCGCCAACCCCCAACAAGCCAGCAACGGGACGUGCUCGACAGUAACCACGACGGCAACCACGACUACGACCGCUGUUGUCGCAUCCACGAGCGGAGCCAGCCCGGUACCAGUAGUUGACCUCUCGAACGGGUGUUCCGACAAGAACGAGCGGAUUUCGGGCACUACAUACACCACACAGAUCUUUGGGAAAGUCAGCUUCAUACGGUACUGCAAUGCCCAGCCAAAAGAGUUCCCCAUCUACGGCAUGCUCACGCUCGACUUUGAGGCGUGCAUGGAUGCUUGCGCUGCCUGGUCGUCCAGGGGCCGUGACGUUCUCGGCAAGGACAAUCCCAACGCGAUUUGCGGCGGCGUGCGCUUCGUGCCCGCCUGGACCAACAAGACCGUGGCGUGGGCUACAAAUGCGAGGGGCAACUGCUUCUUGCAUAAGACCCCGCAGACGGUAGAGGAUUUAACGGAGCCGGAUCUGAAAAACAAGGUGCCCUGCCACGCAGCCAUCCUGGUGGAAAAGCGGUAGAGUUGGGGCGGUGCAUCGACUAGGGGGUUU